CGUGACAAGUUGGCAGCCCUGAUGCAACGGCGUUCAAAGUGCAAUUACUUUUCUUAUUGUUUAAGCUAUAAACUCGUUAGAAAAUGCCGCUAAAAGGCAUUAAAGUGCUGGAAUUCGUGGGCUUAGCUCCGGGACCAUUAUGUGGCAAGAUCCUGACCGAUUUUGGGGCCACAGUCACCCGGAUCGAUAAGGUUCUUGAUAAUUCAUUGGACGUACUGCAGCAGGGAAAACGAACUUUAUGCCUGGAUCUGAAGAAUGUGAAGGGUCAGCAAUUGGUGCAACGAUUGGCCCAAGAAUGCGAUGUGCUGAUCGAGCCCUUUAGACCGGGAGUUAUGGAGAAACUUAAUUUGGGUCCUGUUGAGCUAUGUAAGGCGAAUCCUCGCCUGAUUUACGCCCGUCUCACGGGAUUCGGCCAGAACGGAAGACUGGCACCGCGUGCGGGUCAUGAUAUCAACUACGCCGCCAUAUCGGGUGUGCUGUCCAUGUUGGGCAGGCGCCAUGAGAAGGCCACUGCACCCAUUAAUCUUCUGGCGGAUUUCGCGGGCGGCAGUGUGAUGUGCACCCUGGGCAUUUGUCUAGCCCUUCUGGAGCGCCACAAUUCCGGCCGGGGUCAAGUGGUUGAUGCCUCGAUGGUGGAGGGAGCCGCAUAUGUGGCCAGUUGGCUAUUUAUGUCCCGGAAUCUGGAAAUUUGGGGACGGGAGCGGGGCGAGAACCUCAUCGAUGGUGGAUCAUAUUUCUAUGAUACCUAUGAAACCAAAGACGGUCGCUACAUGUCCGUCGGCGCCCUGGAACCGCAAUUCUUUGAGCUUCUGAAACAGCGUUUGCAUCUUCCCGAAGAUCUCUGCCAAUUCGGUGAGGAGCAUCAGGAUCGAGGACGGAAGCUUCUCACAGAAGCCUUCCUAUCCAAAACCCAAACGGAAUGGUCACAGAUCUUUGAGGAUGUAGAUGCUUGUGUCUAUCCGGUGCUGGAUUACCGGGAGGUUCAUAAGCACGACCAUAACAGGGAGAGGGAAUCAUUUGAGGUGAUACAGGAUGCACCUGCUCCACGUCCAGCUCCACUUCUAAGUAGAACUCCUGGAAAGUUGCCCAAGGUAACUGAUGAUAGGCAACUGGGUUUAAUCGAAGAACUGAACCUUAAGCCCCAUGAAUUAAAAGACUUACUCGAUACGGGAGUACUUACACUUCCGGAAAAGGCCAAACUUUAGUUGUGACUAGAUCAAAAGCAAUACAGUAGACACCCCUAAAUAAAAGACAUUUACGUUUUGUUGCUCUUGCA